AUGCAGUAUGUAUGUUCUAAAUGUGGUAAAGGUUAUACAAACCAGAACAGUCUUUAUAGGCACAGCAAAAUCCAUACUGUAGAAAAAUCGCAUUGCUGUUCUGAAUGUGGAAAACGAUUCUUAGAUUUAUUCUCACUUCAGUGCCACAUCAGAACUCAUACUGGAGAGAAACCUUUUUGUUGUCCUGAAUGUGAUAAGCAGUUCUCACAACAAAGCACCCUACAGAGUCACAUCAGAGUUCACACCGGAGAAAAACCUCACCAAUGCAUGGAAUGUGGCAAACGAUUCUCACGCAUCAAUUCCCUUAAUAAUCAUAGGAGAAGUCAUACUGGAGAGAAGCCUUAUAGUUGUUCUGAAUGUGGAAUGCGAUUCUCAUAUAACAGCUCUCUUCACAAUCAUAAAGGAAUUCAUUCUGUUAAGAAACAAAGCUGUUCUGAAUGUGGCAAGCUUUUCUCAGACAGCAGGAGUCUUAAGGACCACAUGAGAAUUCACUCUGGAGAGAAACCCCAUUGCUGUCCAGAAUGUGGCAAACAAUUCUCUCGUCAAAAGACACUUAAGAGCCAUAGAAUGAUCCACACUGGAGAGAAGCCUUACACCUGUUCUGAAUGUGACAUCAGUGGCCUCUUAGCUGAUCUGGAUGUUGAAUGUGGUCCUCCUGUAUCAGCUGUGAUCAGCAACACAAAAGACUUCAUGAAGGACUUGGAAACUACUACCAGGACGUCAGCCAUACAGGGACUGAUCAUCUCUGCACCAAUGCUGUGA